GCUCCUUUGACGCUCUCACUCUCUCUAUAUCUCUCUCUCAUUUCUCAAACACACACUCUCUCUCUCUCUCUGUCCAAACCUCAGCUUCUCCCGCUCUUUCUCUCUACUUCUGCUGAGAGCUCUGCAGACCGCCAUUGGAGGCCGUGGAGCUCUCGUUAGAGCCCUUCAAUGAAAAUGAUUUUUGAUCUACUGUAAUGAAUCGCCGGUCUUCUAGGGAGUAAAAAAUGAGUAGGGAAAGUGUUACUUUUCAAGUUGAAGAGUGUUCCGGCAGAAUCACAAGAGCACGGGCAAAAGAGCUAAGUGAAUCAGGAGGCAUUCUAUGCUCCUCAAAAUCUUCUGGAGUUCAGAAGCAAAUUCUACGGACCAACUCAAAAAGAAUGGCAUCUGAUGAUAUUAAGAUUUGUUCAAUUUCUUCCAAUGGUCUUCCUAAUAAAAGAAGAGCAGUGCUCAAGGAUGUGACUAACAUUUCCACCAAUGAUAAGAAUUGCAGAAAUGCUUCUAAUAUUCAGGGUGCCAAACCAACUAGGAGAGUUUCUGCAAAAGCUAAGGCAAAUGUGCCUUUAAAUGCUCCUGUAGAAAUUCUAGGUGCGGAAGAAGAUGCAAACACAAGACUAGCUGAGGAUUUAUCUAAAAUAAGGGUGGUAGAAUCUCGAGAGGUCUCUUUAAGAGAAACUUUGGACGAAAAAGAGAGAACAGUGCAAAUUACGAGCAGAGAAUGUGGAGUUUCAGAUAUGGUUCUCUCUGUAUCUUCAGAAGAAUCUAUCCCUCAGCCAAAUGAAAAAUAUAUGGCACCUGAACGAUCAGUAGCAUUAAGUGAUAGAGGUAUUAUAGACAUUGAUUCAAACUCCAAAUGUCUUCAAUCAUGCAGCACAUACGCUCCAGACAUAUAUGACAGGAUACGUGUGACAGAGCUUGAUCAAAGGGCCUCAACUACCUAUAUGGAACAGUUGCAGCAAGAUAUCACUGCAAACAUGCGAGGAAUACUGGUUGAUUGGCUUGUAGAGGUUUCUGAAGAAUAUAAUCUAGUUUCAGACACACUCUAUCUCACUGUGAAUGUCAUUGAUCGGUUUCUCUCUCAAAAUUAUAUUGAAAAGAAGCGACUACAACUUGUUGGUGUUGCAAGCAUGCUAAUUGCAUCAAAAUAUGAGGAGAUAUGUGCACCACGAGUGGAAGAUUUCUGCUUCAUUACAGAUAAUACUUACACAAAAGAAGAGGUAGUAGAAAUGGAGAGUGAAGUUUUGAACUUACUACACUUUCGGCUAUCUGUUCCCACUACAAAGACAUUUCUAAGGAGAUUUAUACAAUCAGCUCAUGCUUCUUACAAGGUUCCUUGCAUUGAACUUGAGUUUUUGGCCAAUUAUUUAGCUGAGUUGACUCUUGUUGAAUACAGCUUCCUAAAGUUCCUCCCUUCUCUGAUCGCUGCAUCCGCCGUAUUUCUUGCAAGAUGGACACUUGACCAAUCGAAUCAUCCGUGGAAUCCAACUCUAGAGCACUAUACCAGUUACAACGUUUCUCAGCUGAAAACUGCUGUGCUUGCCCUCCAAGACUUGCAACUUAACACCAGUGCUUCUUCCCUAAAUGCCAUACGUCAUAAGUAUAGACAACCGAAGUUCAAAUGCGUAGCGACAUUAACGUCUACGAAAUCGGUUCUAUCACUAUUUUGAAGAACAAGAAUGAUCCUAUUAUUGCCAAGAGGAUAAUCUACAGGAGGAUGAUUCUGAUUUCAGUUGAUCUGCCAUUCUCCUUCUAACCUCCCCCAACUGUGAUGGAGCUAAAAGAACAGCACAAAUCUUGAAACUCAAUGACUUGGAACCUCACUUCCUCUGCUACUCUAUGGUACUGGUACUUCCAGAUAUCUCUCUCUGUAAGUUUAUGUUUCUAUGGUCAUGACCUGUACAUUAUAAUACUCCCUUAGCUGAAAAUACUUUAUUUAUGAAUCCUCCAAGCUCAUUUGGAGGUAACUCUUCAGUUGUUGUAGCAUGGGGUUGCUCCCUUUUAACCUUAAAUUUUGGUAAUCAAAAACCUUAGCUUAGAAGAGCCUAAAUGAAUAACAAAUGGUCUUCAAUUU